AUGGAUCAAUUAUCUGAGGACGUAAUUGUUAAGAUUUUCUCCAAUUUAAAGGCCAAAACCAUUCUUACAAAUUUAAGGUUGGUAUGCAAACAAUGGCGUCAAAUCAUCGAUGAAAGCUAUUAUGGAGUCCAAUUAGCAGAGAAUCUCUUAAAUAAAGGUGUUGAUGAACAAGACCCUUUACUAUUACUUCUCACCCAAAACCCUAACAACAACAACAACAACAAUGAUGCCUCCACAGUUUGGGAUGAAGUAAAUAAAAGAAGAAGGAUUAACGCCAUCAUUAAUAACAUCAAUAACCUUAACAUGGUUUCAAACGAUGGAAUAUCCAAAGAAAAGGUGUUGGAGAUUAAUUUUAACCAAUUUCCAUGGCCCGAAGAGGAAGAGGAAGACGAAGAAGAAGAAGUCUCCUUGGAGAGUUCUUUGCAUGGCAUUCUUUGCUUCACAAAAAAAACUAAGACUAAACCCUAUUUGGCUAACCCUUCAAGGAAAGAGUUUCUAGAAUUACCAUCUAUAACUCCUUCCAAAGUUCGUUAUUGUUCUUACGGAUUAGGGUUUGAUAAAUCAUCUAGAAACUACAAAGUUGUGAGUGUUUUUCUCAAUUCUUCUAAUGAUAAAAUUGAAGCUAUGAUCUACACACUUCAUUUACGUGAUCAUGAUAAGAAAAAAUCAUCAUCAUCAUCAUCAUCAUCAUGGAAUAUGAUCACCAAAUCACAACCUCAAUGUCUUCCAAUACCAAUGCCAAAGUGUGUUAAUGGAGUUAUUUAUUGGAUUGGUUUGCGUCAAUUUGAUAAUACUAAGCCUUACACUUACAACAGUCCUCUUAACCUUUGUAAGAUCAUGGCUUUUGAUAUAGAGAAAGAGAAGUUUGGAUUGGUUUCUUUGCCAAUAACUAAUAUUGAUUCUUUUGAAUUGGCUCAUCUUAAUAAUGGGGUUCUUAGUUUGGUGGAUUCUUCGGAUAAGACUCCUAAUCAUCGCGUUGAGAUAUGGAAUUUGAAGGAUUAUGAGAAAGAAUAUUGGAUUAAAAUGUAUAAAUUAGAAUGGAUCAAAUUAGCACCACUUGAUCAAUCUCCUUUCUUUGCUAAUCCAUUAAGAGUUGUGGGGCCAUGGGAGAAUGGUCAAAUAUUACUAUGUUAUGUCUCAAAGUGUUUUAUGACUUAUGAUCCAAACACUGAUACAUUUGAAAAACUAAGUUUUCCAGAUUUACUUAGUAAUGAAUUAGUGAACCAAUAUCAUACCUACUUUCCAACACUGCUUUCUCUCUCUUGGUUCAAUCAACAUCAUCAACACUAG